AUGGAUACAGCUGUUGUGAUGAUUCUAGUCUGGGUUUUCUUGGCGUUUGUACUUGCGCCUGCAGAUGCGCAGCAGUACGAGGGUUUGAAAAGUUAUAUGGGAAAUGUGAUUGUCAACACUCCAUACGGCUAUGUGAAAGGUGUCACCUUCACAUCACAGUAUGAGAACCUUCCUAACCGUUGGGUGAAUGCAUUUCUUGGUGUGCCUUAUGCGAAGACACUGGACCAGUAUGGCAGCGAGUGGAGGGAGAAGUAUCGUUUCCAUAAUCCUGAUGAAGACCCGUACUGGUACGGAACAUAUGAUGCAACAAAGUACAAGCCUGCCUGCCCUCAGAUGCCCUGGCUAGUAAGGGAGACAGUCUGGGGCUUCAAUGAAGUGUCAGAGGACUGUCUUUACUUGGAUAUUUACACCCCAAAUAUCACAUCAGAAUCGGUAUCAGCAUCUCCAAAUCUGUAUCCUGUCCUUGUGUUUCUUCAUGGUGGCGGUUUCAUCAUGGGAGCAUCAAGGCAGUGGCCAGGUGUUUUCUUAGCAGAGAGAUUUGUUGUGGUAGUGGUUAUAAACUACAGGCUGAAUGCGCUUGGAUUUCUCAGCACAGGUGACCGCUACUCAACUGGAAAUUAUGGAAUGUUUGACCAGGUCAAGGCAUUGCAGUUUGUUAAGAAAACAAUUAGGUCAUUCCGCCUCUUUAAUCAAGCCAUUAUGCUCAGUGGGUCUGAAAUGAGCGAGUGGGCAGUUAUCAGGACAGCAGAUUCAGUUGAAUAUGCUCGUCGUCUUUGUGCUGAAGUGGGAUGUCCAACAAGUGAUUCACAACAGAUGAUGGAUUGUCUGCGAUAUUACAGGAGCUUUGAGCAGAUUGUCAAUGCUUCUGCACGAGUUUCCAUGUUGUCUGGGAAAAUAGGAAACCCCUGGGGACCAGUUGUGGAUGGACCCUUUGUUGGAGUUAACUUUGCUUUCUUGCCUGACCCACCUGCGGAUCUCAGGAGGCAGCUAAGACAGUUGAACAUCCCUCUUCUGGCGGGAAUGGUCUCAAAUGAAGGAGCUUAUUUUAUACCAAGUCUUCCGAACUUGAUCGAUGGAGUGACAAAGACCCAGUUUCAGAAUAUUCUGGAUGAGUUUAUCAGAUACAGGGACAUCAAGGAUAAAAAUGCUCUUUACGAUGCUCUGGAGUUUCAGUACACCUACUGGCCACAUCCCACAAACCAAACCUGGAUAUGUAAUAAGCUGAUUGAGAUGAUGGGAGACUACAUGUUUGGUGCUGCGAUGAGUGCAACUUUGGACUCCCAUGUGUUCGCCUCCACUGUGUUUUUCUAUGUCUUUGAGUACAAUUCCUGGAACAAUUACAAUCCAUCAUGGAGAGGUAUUUCCCAUGGUCAAGAUUUGGAAUACAUAUUUGGGUUUCCCUUCAUUAAUGAUACUUACAGAGAUUUACUGGGUAUUUUUCCAAGACAGGAAUAUGAUUACUCUGAUCGAAAUAUCUCAGAGUAUAUGAUAACAAUGAUAACAAACUUCACAAGCACCGGUGAGCCCACACCAAGAAUUGAACAGUUACGUUUUUUCCGCAACGUCUCAUGGUAUCAGUACAACAUGGUGAACCACACCUACUUAAGUAUCAACAACCAAUCAAUGAACAAGAUCAACUACCGGCAGGACCAGUCUCACUUUUGGAAUGACUACUAUCCAAAACUGGCAGGAUACUCUCAGUAUUACUAUAGGCAGCCUGUUACGGAAGGCCCUCAGACAGCAUCCCCGUUUCAGAUCUCAACCUGGGCCCUAACCGCAGUGGGAGGAGUUCUUCUGUUUGUGGUCAUUUGCCUGGUGGUUUUGUUGAUAUGUCGGUCAAGGACUAAGAACUACCCAACGUACAACCCUUCAGCAGCUAGCAGAAAGAAUGAAAGAGCGGACAUACCAAUGACGUCUGACUACUGA